AGAAAGAAUUGAAUUCAGUCGUUCGUGUAUUUUAUAGUUCAAUAUACCUUAAAUAAAAAAUAAUCAUUGAUCGAAAAUGAAGUUACAGUAUUUUCUAGUAUUCUUUUUUUUACAACUGUACCACGCAAGACAUGUUCCUACUCCUGGAAAUGGUAUACGGACAACGUUGACAUUAAAAAAGAUGGCUUCACCUGCAACUAAAAUUGCAUCAACGUACAAUAAGAAAACGAUCAAUGAACCGGUUAUUCCUCUUCAAUACUAUCCAAAGAAUCGAGCAAUUAACAACAUUUCCAUCAAAUUACCACGAAUAACAUUGAUGAACGGAAUGCGAACCCUGCGGGAAGAACCAUAUUCAACCAUGAUGGACAUCGGAACACACAUCAAGGAGGGAAGUCCUCAAACUAAACCUAUUCCUCUUGAAUCUUACUUCGCCUUGAGGUAUCAUGGUCCUCUUUCAAUCGGCACGAAACCUCAGAAAUUCAAAAUAGUUUUUGAUACAGGAUCACCUAAUAAAUGGCUGUGGGUUAUCUCCACACGUUACAAUAGUACAAAUUGGGAAAAAGUGUUUAAUAAUGGGCGUGACGUAUACAAUCAUAAUCUAUCUUCAACCUAUCAGGACGAUGUCAAAAAUGAAGCAUGCGCGACAAGCAUCGUAUACGCUAAAGGAUCAGUGAAAGGAUUUUGUUCGAUUGACACCAUUACAUUUAAUGAUGUAGAAAUCAAGAGCAGAUCAUUUACUGAAGCAACUGCAGUAACCACAGACCAGAUAAACGGUGGAGAAGAUGGCGUAAUGGGAUUGCAAUACAAUUAUGGUCACGAAUCUGAACACAUUGUAUCACAGGUUUGCGAAAAACUAAACGGAAAGAGAAAAUUUUCAUUCUACUUCACCAACAACUUAUCAAAAAAACAAGGCAGCGAACUAAUGUUAUGUGGAGAGGAUGAAUCCAAGUUUUACGGUCCUUUGACUUGGGCGAAAGAAUUAACACCGGGUAAAUGGAAAGUACUUGUGAAAAGGUACUCUACUCUUUAUUCCAUUCAAAGUAUAUACUAGAUAAAGAUACGUUAACACGUAAGUAUUUUAUAAUUUUUCUAUUUCAAUAUUACUUACAGAAUUUCGAUGGAAAAAUAAAAUCACGAAAAGCGGAGACUUAAUGUAACACAUGACACCGAAACAUUAAUUGACACCGGUACAUCCCAAAUUACAGGGCCAUCAAAGCGGUACCACCUCUUGUGUUAGAAUGGCCAAGUAUUAGAAUGGUCAAGUUGUAGAAAAAGAGGGAAAAAAAGGGGAAAAUAUUUUUGUUGCCAACCCACUUUGUUUGGAGAAGAAAAUUUCGUAAAAUAAUUAAAAUUAAAAUGAAAAGUAAAGCCCAAGUAUUAGAAUGGUCAAGUUGUAGAAUAGUCAAGUAAUAGAAUAGUCAAGUAUUAGAAUGGUCAAGUAUUUGAAAAAUAGGGGGAAAAGAGUAAUCUGUUAUAAGAGGAUGAGGAAGUGGUACUUAGACUUACUACUUUUUUGGAUAAUAGGGUACAAGGGUAGCCGUUUUCAGGGUUGGGGGGCGUUGUGUCCGCUCACCUCGGCUUCGCCUCGGUUGCGCGGGUCGCUUUGUUGUUCAUACUAUGUCUGUUAACUUCCCUCGGCCUUCGGCCUCGGUGAGUACAGUUUUUUAGAAACUACCGCAGGUACUGUCUACAAUUCUACAUACACGGUAAUGUCCAGCCUCCGUCUGAACUCACCAAGGGGAGUAAUGCUCAUCGAAUGAAAUAUAAAUUUUAAACGGCUCGGCUUCGCCUCGCCUAAUUCUCACAUUCUCCGAGUCCAUCCUGAUAUUUGUAUUUUCUAACACUUGUCCAUUCUAAUACUUGAUUAUUCUACAACUUGACCAUUCUAAUACUUGGGCUUUACUUUUCAUUUUAAUUUACAAAAUUUUCUUCUCCAAACAAAGUGGGUUGGCAACAAAAAUAUUUUUCCCUUUUUUCCCCUCUUUUUCUACAACUUGACCAUUCUAAUACUUGUCCAUUCUAACACAUGAGGUGGUCUCCAUCAAAGCGUGUUCUAAAAAUUUGCGAAACUAUAAAUGCCAAGGAAGAACCAAACCUUCCAGGAUACCGCGUGGUGGACUGUCAAACUAUCAACAAAUUACCUAGUAUAAUAUUUGAAAUUGGCGAAACAGAAUACAAACUUGAAGCAAAAGAUUACAUUUCACAAUAUAAUAUACUUGGGAAGGAAAAAUGCGUGGUCGGCAUCGCCGAAAGUUCUUCCAAAAAAUCAUGGAUUCUAGGGGCUCCUUUUCUCAGAAAAUUCUACAGUGUAUACGACAUGGAUAAACAUCGAAUUGGAUUCGCCGAAAGCAAGCAGUCUCAGUGAAAAACACAUGUGAAGGUUCUUCGUUGUAGUGAUCAGUGAUCACGGUCGCGGAUUAUUCCACCGCCAACGAAAUGAUGUUACUUCUAAUUUUGAUACCUAAUAACGAGCCCUAUAAUUUAUAAUAACCAUCUACUAUAAAAAAUACUGAAAAAGUUGUCAAUUUUUUCACUUCUUAUUGUUAGCAAUUUUUCUUCAUCUUUUAAGCCCUUCAAGAAGGUACUUCAAUAAGUAAAUACACUCAUAAAAGUAAUGUAAGUAGAUAAUAAGGUAAGAUAUUAUGUACUUUGAUUACUAAAAUAUUUUUAUAAUUGUCUGAAUUCGAGGCAUUUUAUUUUAAGGAAAUCUUUGUAUUUUAGCACUUAAUUUUUUUGGAAAUUUGUAUUUUUAAGUUUUAUGUAUUUUAAAAAAAUAUACCA